AUGUCCUCUUCCUCCGGCGCCGGCCCUCGUCUGCCGGCCGUCCGCGCCCUCUCGACCGUCGCGUCGCGGCCGUCAUCGUCGUCGGCCUCACAGGCGUCCGAAGCCGCCGCUGCUGCCGGUGCAGGCGAAGCCGGCACAUCGCGGACCGCCAUUGCCGCUGCUGCCGCCGCCUCCUCUGCGUCCUCGUCGUCGUCUGCCGCCUCUACCUCUGCCGACACGCCCCUCCCCGCCCUCCUCCCGCUGACCUCGCCGUUCCCCUUCGCCUCCGCCCCGGACAUCAUCCGCGCCCACCAAAAGGAUGCCUACUUUGCCGGCACGCUCGCCAACGACCUGGCCGAUCUGGUCUUGCGCUUUGCCGGCGGCCGGACCGCGCAUGCGUGGGCCACCGAGACGCGCACGGCGGCCGAGCUCGCCUACUUUGGCCUGACCGCGUGGCUGGGCCACCGCACACUGGGCGAGGAGUACUGCGACUUGAUGGAGGUGGUGGUGCCCGACACGCCGGGACGGGAAAGCGUGGGCGCGCCCCUGCUGAUCCCGCCGCCCCUCCGACGGUCCGCGUACGUGUUGACGUCCGUGCUGGCGCCGUACCUGGUGGGCCGCUCGCUGCCCGGCGUGCGGCGCGCGCUGCGGCGGCGGCUCGAGGCCAAGGUGGCCGCGUUGGAGGGCGCGGCCGCCCUGCAGGCGAUGCGCCAGGCAGGCGCCAAGGCAAAGAAGGGCCGGCCAACAGCGUCGUCAUCGUUUUCAACAUCAUCAACAUCGUCGACAUCAUCAUCCGUGUCCCUGCGCGUGCGCGUCCUGCUGCCCGUCUACCGCUACCUGCUCACACAUCUCGACUCGCUGACCUCGGGCACGCACGUGCGCGCCGUGACGCUGGCUCUGUUUUACUUUUAUGGCGCCUACUACACACUGACCACGCGCCUGCUCGGGCUCCGGUACGUCUUUACACGGCGGCGGCAGGGCGCCGGGGGGCAGGGCGCGUCGGCGGCGGACGAUGUCGUGGGCUACGAGGUGCUGGGCGCGCUGCUCGUACUGCAGUUGGCUGUCCAGGGCUACGUCCACGUGCGGGAUACUCUGUCGUCGUCCGCGUCGUCCUCCUCUUUCCCCUCGUCGUCAUCUCCACGGUUUUCGGGCCCCGUCCAGGUCAGCCUCGACCACGACCACACCUAUACUGCCAACAACGAGCUUCUUUUGGGCGGCAGCGACGACACACCGGCCUCGUCCGCCGCCACGGCUCUCGCCGCGAUGACCAGCACACCCGACACGCCCCGCGAUCCUGACACGGGCGGCCCCGGCUACCGCUUCAACCUCGAGCCCAAGCAGACGAUGCGCUGGCUGGGCAGCCGCAUGCAGCGGCAGUGCACGCUGUGUCUGGAGACGCUCAAGGACCCGGCGGCAACACCGUGCGGACACGUGUUUUGCUGGCGGUGCAUUGGGGACUGGGUGCGGGAGAAGCCCGAGUGUCCGCUGUGCCGGCGCGGCGCGCAGCCGCAGCACAUUCUGCCGCUGCAGGCGUUGUGA